CCAAAGACUUCAGACGGCCUCCCCGAACCCCCGGUCCCACCCACUAAAUCAUCCAGCCGCCACAGUCUGCCGCCAUGUCGCAGCUCUGUGACGUCAGCCACAGACGAACAGCCGCACGUCGGCAAUUACCGCCUCUUAAAGACCAUCGGCAAGGGCAACUUCGCCAAAGUCAAACUGGCCAGACACACACUGACUGGCCGAGAGGUCGCCAUCAAGAUCAUUGACAAAACUCAGCUGAACCCCACCAGUCUGCAGAAGCUCUUCAGGGAGGUCAGUGUGAUGAAGAUCCUCAACCACCCGAACAUCGUAAAGCUGUUUGAAGUGAUCGAGACAGAGAAAACUCUGUACCUGGUAAUGGAAUACGCCAGCGGAGGUGAAGUCUUUGACUACCUGGUUGCUCACGGACGAAUGAAGGAGAAGGAGGCAAGAGCCAAGUUUCGCCAGAUUGUGUCAGCAGUGGAGUACUGUCACCAGAAGAGGAUAGUACACCGAGACCUCAAGGCGGAGAACCUGCUGCUGGACGCCGACAUGAACAUUAAAAUAGCCGACUUUGGCUUCAGCAAUGAGUUCACGCUGGGCAGUAAGCUGGACACGUUCUGUGGAUCUCCUCCGUACGCUGCUCCCGAACUCUUCCAGGGGAAGAAGUACGACGGGCCGGAGGUGGACGUCUGGAGUCUGGGAGUGAUCCUGUACACGCUGGUCAGCGGCUCGCUGCCCUUCGAUGGACAGAACCUGAAGGAGCUGAGGGAGCGUGUUCUCAGAGGAAAGUACCGGAUUCCUUUCUACAUGUCGACUGACUGUGAGAACCUGCUGAAGAAACUGCUGGUGCUCAACCCGGGAAAACGAGGCAGUCUGCAGCAAAUCAUGAAGGAUCGAUGGAUAGCUGAUGGGGACGAUGGGAUUCCCUCAGGAGGAAGUGAUGAAGGCGCUGGACGGUCCAAAGUACAACGAGGUGACGGCAAUAUACCUGCUGCUGGGGAGGAAACCUGCUGAGUUUGAAGGCAGUGCAUCUUUGUCCAGCAGUAACCUGGUUCAGAGGACACGACCUAGCAGCGAGCUCAACGGCUCCGGUCAGUCCCCUGCCCACCCUCGCAACGUAUCGACCAAUCAGAAGCAGCGGCGUUUUAGUGACCACGUGGCGCCCUCUAUCCCCCCACCUGUCUCCUACACCAAGCGUUCCCACGCCAACAGUGUGGAAAGCGACAGGAAGGAAGAGCCGGCUUCACCCAUGGGAGCUCCAGACCGCAGGAGGUCAGCCACAGCCUCGGGGAGCAUAACUCGGAGGAACACGUACGUUAAUGAGAGGACGAGUACUGAACGCCACUCGGCUGCUGUUCCCAACGGGAAGGACAGCAGUCUACCCGAGGUACCUGCAGCAUCCCCCUCCCCAUCGCCGGGAGCAACUGUCUCCUCCACGCGCCCCCGUCAUGUCAAGUCCAUGUCAGCUUCGGGACAUCCCAUGAAGUCCUGCCUGCCCCCCAUCGAUGACAACGUAGAGUAUCAGAGCUCCCCCCAGCAGCCUCCGUCGUCACCCUCAGCCUUCAGCAUCACCAGCAGCAGUAGCGCAACGCCGGACCGAACCCGUUUCCCCCGCGGUUCUUCCAGCCGCUCCACCUUCCAUGGCGCUCAGCUUAGAGACCGGCGACCCGCCACCUACAACGGCCCGCCCGCCUCGCCCAGCCUGUCGCAGCACGCCACAGCAUCGCUGGCUUCCCCCCGCCGUGGCACCUCUACAUCCCUCAUCGGCAAGAUCACCUCGAAGUUUGUACGCAGGAGUUUAUCAGGUGAGCCCAAAGACGAGGGCCGGGACUCCAAGCCUCGUUCCCUGCGCUUCACCUGGAGCAUGAAGACCACGUCCUCCAUGGAGCCCGGGGACAUGAUGAAGGAGAUCCGGAGGAUCCUGGAUGCCAACAACUGUGACUACGAGCAACGCGAGCGCUACUCGCUGUUCUGCGUGCACGGUGAUGCCCGGCAGGACAGUCUGGUCCAGUGGGAGAUCGAGGUGUGCAAGCUGCCCCGCCUCUCGCUCAACGGCGUACGGUUUAAAAGGAUCUCAGGCACAUCCAUCGCCUUCAAAAACAUCGCCUCCAAAGUGGCCAACGAGCUCAGGCUGUGAACGACUUCCAGUUAUUCUGAAAAUAUCUUUCAAACACUGCGAGGAAAAUAUCUCUGCUCCUCGUCUUUGCAGAAUGACGCCUCACAGAGUGAAGGCGGCCAUUCGGUCCAGCACUACUCCUCGCUAACUGCUGUAUGACUCAGAGAAAAUACACCUUAUUAUACUCAACACACUUACUAUUUAAUGUUAUCACUAAGUGUUUGCCAGUUAAAAACCAAAUAUUAAAACGUGACAGCUCAGAUAUUCAGAAGGUGGCGGUCCCUGAGUGAUCCACCGACCCAGAACAGACAUCUAAUGAGGAUGAGACAUUAAAAUCCGUCUGUCACUACCUACUGACUUUAUGUUGGUUUAUCACUGUUUACAUGCACUUCAGAUUUUACAAAAUCUUGGUAAGUUUGAAACACUGACAUGGAAACUUGGUAUCAGGUCGAGGGGAUUAAAGCUGAUUUGCACAGGUAUAUGUUUGGGAGGACUAAUCAGUUUGCAUAAGAUAGCCAGAAUAAGAAAGUAGCUGUAUGCAGCAGUAUGUUGGGAGAAAUAUGAACAAGCUGCAUGUAAACUGACUUAUACUAUUAUUCCAGUGCAUAUUAUUCAAUUUUUUGCUUUAACCUAAUUGCUAAUCUGGUCUAUGGAGUGCAAGUAAACAGUCAGUGAAACAUUACCUCUGCUCUACCUGUGCAGCUCUAAUGCUCCAACAGUGCAACAGCUAGCUUAUGUAGCAUUAUGUAGCUACAAUAUUCAUCAAACAUUAACCUGCUCAUUGCUUCCCGAUGGUGUAAAAUUUGUUCAGUUUGUUGCCUCAACCUCCAAACUAGUUAGCUAGCUAGCCAGUUAGCUUAAUUGUUAAUCUUAAACAUACAAUGUGUAAUUUCUGCCACUAGGGGCUCUCUCAACAACAACAAAAGAUGAAAUUUUGAUGAGGUGGGAAGCAGCGUGGGAUCCAUGGGAGUUGUUGUCUUCACCAC